AUGAUAUGGGGAUGUUUCUCAUACUACGGUGUUGGGCCUAUUUAUCGCAUACCAGGGAUCAUGGAUCCGUUUGAAUACAUCAGAAUACUUGAAGAGGUCAUGCUGCCUUAUGCUGAAGAGGAAAUGCCCUUGAAAUGGGUGUUCCAACAAGACAACGACCCCAAACACACCACUAAAUGUGCAACAUCUUGGUUCCAGACCAACAAGAUUGCCGUUAUGGAGUGGCCAGCCCAAUCCCCGGAUCUUAAUCCAAUAGAGAAUCUAUGGAGCAUUGCCAAGAGAAAGAUGAGAGACAUGAGACCGAACAAUGCAGAAGAGCUGAAGGCCGCUAUUGAAGCAUCCUGGUCUUCCAUAACACCUCAGCAGUGCCACAGGCUGAUAGCUUCCAUGCCACGGCGCAUUGAGGCAGUAAUUGCUGCAAAAGGGGCCCAAACCAAGUACUGA